GCCACCUAAAUUCUUUGUUAUUGCAUUCGCAAGGCACCGAAGAUCGACUCCAGGCCGUCCGAAAGUAAUAUGUGGGCGGCUGUUAUCUCUCGACAGUGGAAAUCUGACUCCAGAACAGCUGUUAGUCAAGCGAAAACAAAAGGCGAGCUGCAACAAUAGCCCAGAUCCAGAUUAUCAGCAGUGGAAGAUCACCCAGUGAGCCCCAUUCAGAAGUCAGCAGACCGAACAAUGAACUAGCCCCAAUAGAAAGGCACAGCUCAGAAGAACGUUGGAGUCCCUUGAGGAGCAACAGGUGUACUACAAUGGGCGACCAGCAGGAGGAGAAUCUGAGCCAGCUACUGGACCUAUUGCCCAAGGAUCAGCGGCAGGUCUUUGAGACCUUCAUCCAGUGGCUCCAUGGCAAGGCCACGGGAGCCAUUCAGUCCCACCAGAACGCACUGCAAUCCGCGCUCCAGACGUCGCCCUAUCCCUCCUUGCAGCUGCUGCAGUUGCUCCACGAGCGCUCGAAGCUGCACAUUGGCCAAAUAAUAGCCACCUUGCUCCGACAGUUGUUAGAUGAAGAUGUCUCAUCACCGCGAUCCCUUUGUGUGCUGGCCAACUUUCCCGCAACCAUUUUGGAGGCGGCUACGCUUCUCCACAAGCUGAUGACUCGGCUGGUGGGUGAUUCAGUCACUAGUGAGCACUUAAUGCUGGCAAUGUUGGCGCGCAGCGACGGACAACUACUGGAGGAACUUCUGCAGGAGCAGCAGCUGGCCAUGCGGACAAAGUGCAGUGAGGCGGCGCCCACCAAGCAGUUGGUUUUGUGGCUGGCCCUAAGCCAAAGGGAGCAUUUUGUGGCCAGUGUGUGCCAGCAGAUCAAGGACUUUCAGUGCUUCCAAGAUCCCACACUGAGAAAUACCUUGCUAAUCCUUCGUCUGGCCAAUGAGUUUGCACUGGGAACCCAGACUUUGGAUGAAAUAGGUUGCAUGGAAAAAUACUUAGCGGAAUUCGAUGUUAGCGCUGUGCCGGAGGAUCUGCAGGAAGUCCAUCAAUUUUUCUACGCAGACUUUCAGCGACUGACCGCGCUUCUCAAGUUUCUGCGACCGCGGGAAGUGACCAAAACACUCAAAGUGGAUGCCAUACUACGGUCGCCGGGCGUGCUCUCCCUAAUCCACGAGAACGGAAUUUUGUGCGAGCACCACGAGUUGCUUCGCUUACUCGAAGAGACCUACAAGUGGCAGCAGCAAACUCCGGCGCUGAAGUGUCAAUACCAACAGGAGGUAGAGGUUCUGAGCUACUACACAGCCCUUUGCCAUGUGUACAAUGUGAUUCUGGAUGAGGGCGAGCAGACAACCAAGGCCAAGCUGGUUCAGCUUUCCGGGCAGUUGAGGCAACUGCAUCAGUUGGGCACUUUGUGCUCCCUACUGGAAGACAUCUUCGCGUUGGUUUUUCUUCGCUGGGAGCAGCUUGAGCAAAGCCCACAAAAGAGAAGGGAAGAGGAGGAGGACGACGAGGAUGAUGAUGACGAGCAGUAUGUGGACGAUGACGUUACUUCGCCCCCGCGUCAAACCGCUGUUCACACCCAGCGCACGCGGUAUGGAUUCAUCUGCCGCUCGCCCUCGCUGCAGGCGCUCUUCACUUUUCUCAAGGCAUUUGUCACUAAGAAGUUGCACUCGCAGGACUACAAGUGCGCCACGGAGCACCAACAAAGGUUCCAGCGCCUUGUGGAUGCUAUUAGCGAGGCCCUGUGGAAGCUGGGUGUUCUGCACAAGAUAGAGCAGUCGCUGACCAAGUCUGCGCCGUCGAUCAACUGCCUUUUGGAGCCGGAACAGUUGCUCCAGUUGGUCCAACUCCAUAGCACGGCCAAGGAGAAGGCCUCCAGCGACGAUGAGAGCCGGGAGCGCAGCAACCACGCUUCCAGUCUUAAUCGGAGGAAGGCUCGUAAGCAGCGACGAGCGGCCAGCUUUAGCGGAGCGGUGGCUCCAAAAUCCUCUACGGAUGGUGGGCUCACAAUGGAGCAAUACAGGGCACGGGCGCAGUUGCUUAGUGGCAGUGGCAGCAGGAAGAGUUCUUGUGUGACUGCUCCAUUUGAGCGCUCUAUCAUCCCCAAGAUACUCAGUACGCCGGAACAACUGGCCAUUAUGGCGCUGGCCCUAAAGAAUUUCAACGAUGUGAAGCAGAUCAUCGAGACCUUUCACCUGGAGAGUAGUCAGUUAAACCGUGAGCUGCAGUUUAUGGAGCAACAGCAGCUGGUAAAGCAGAAACUGGCGACCAUCUACACCAACUAUCAGACUUUGGAGGCGCAGCAACCGAACUCUGGAGAGACCACCGUGGAGCAGAUCAAAGGCGUGGCGGCCAAGGGCUUUGAACUGUCCAAGAUCAUCAGCGUUGUGGAUAACUUUGCACAGGCCCAACGCAUGCAACAAAGUUCAGAGUUAAAAGGUCUUAUUCUGCGGCACAGUUCCAACGGACAGCAGGCAUUCUUGCAGCAGUUUGAGGAGCGCAAUUUAAAUGCCCUAAUUAUAUGCGACCUGAUUGUGAACCUGGGCUUUAACCGGGAAAUAACCAGCAACCUGCUUUUGGUCAUUCGCCGCCAGCAACAGCAAAAGAUGACCAGCGAUGAUUCGUCUUCCUGCAAUGGCUCCUCUGAGAUUGGCGCCAUGAAUCUCCUGCAGAAUCUCUGUGAGUGCAUGCGCCUACUGGAGCGAUCUGGCCUGCAACCUGCACUAAAUGAGCUACUCUCUCUGAAAAGUUAUCCACUCAGGCCGUCGGUCUUGGCUUUGCAGCUGCAACGGGAGGCCGCAUUUCAAACGAUCUGUAGAAAGGAAUCUUCUGAAUAUUCGCAUGGUCAGGAUCUACGUUCCAACGUCGGGCAAUUUCAGCAGCUGCGCUCGCGGCACAACUACUACGCCCGUUUCUGCACUUAUGUCCAACAGCUGGCGCGGCUCCUGCAGCUAAGAGAUCCCAACCUAGAGUAUCACACUUCUCAGCUCCUUCGCAACGAUCCAUACGAAGUAAUCGGUGAACUGAUCUACGAGUGCGGCAUAACACCUCUGGAGAUCGAGGCGAGUGUUGCGGCUCUCCACCUCAAUCUCGUGCAUGUGAUUGCGCUAAACAUCUGCCCGCAAUUGGGCGUAGAACCCACUAAGAGAUUGCCCCGCCUUGUGGCUCCUCAGAAGCAGGAAUCUAUCCACAACUAUAUAGCCCAGCACAACCAGCUUUUGGCUCAGAUAUUGCAAGCCAUACAGCUUGGGAAUCUUCCAGAUGGCGAUGCGGGAUUGGACUUCUCUUGUCUGGGACACCUUGUGAACCUUCCGGAGGUGGAGAUCCUGGCCUCCAUGCAUGACGGCAAUCGACUGCUGGCCGCCUUAAAUACCUACAAGUUGGACAUUGCCAGCCUUGAGCAGUUGGUGUCGGAUCAGGAGCAACUGCUGCAGAUGUUGCUGCUGGGAAUUGGUGGUCAAACAGAUUCUCCUAAGAAAGUAAACUCGCGGGUUGACCAACUGAUUCUGGAACUUAUUGAGAAGGAUCCGCGUAACAUCCAACUCGUUGUUCACAUGAGCAAUCUCGGACUGCGUGCACGCCUUCUGAAGGAGCACUUCACCCGCAUUCCCAGCAGUCAGCAGGCCAAGGAGCUUAUAGAACGGACUCUACAGCAUCGUCAUGCAGCUAAGUCGAUUCCACCUUUCUUACGUUCCCAACUAGAGAACACGCUGUCGGACAUAACAAUAUAUGCCAGAGUGUCAGCACUGCUCCAAUUCGAAAGCUGGCCGCAGGCCUACGACUUUGGUCUCCAGACUCCGAACGUAAUCUUUGAGCAGUUGCUGCAACGGCGGCGAUUCGGCUUGUGCUUGGAAUGGAGUCGUGUGGUUUUCCUGGCAGGAUCAGCGGGUCAGCAACGGGUGUGCCUGCUCACCCUAUUGGAUUCUCUUUUGGAGCUACGGGAUGGCGACGAGUUGGACGAGUCCUUGCUGGGAAUUGUCAAGAUGUUUCCGGCCAUCGCGCUGGUUAAUUUCCUGGACACGCACAAGGAUAAGUUCAGGUCGCUGCCUCUGCUGCAAUGGGUGAUCGACUACCUGGAGGGUCAUGCCCGCGAUCCGCGUCUGUACAGAAACUAUCAACUCUCCCUGGAGCUCUUACGUCAAAUGGAUGUCGAAGAGCGGUCACCGUUUUGGAAACUACUCCGGCACCCACUGCUGAUCGUAGAGCAGUUGGUAAUGAACGCCCGUUUUGAGAUGCUGGGAAAGCUGCUGGAUGCUGCUCGCUUAAAAUUACAAAAGGAGAAGCCCCAGGGCCCUUGUCCCUACUGCUUCGAAAAAACGGGACAUGCCUAUGAUGUCCAGUCCAGUUCGGGUUCGGGGAGUGGAGCAGGAGGAACCCCCGGAAAAGUCCGCUUUCAACUGGGACAAACCACACCGGAAGCAUUUAUUCUGCUGAACUUCAACUCCUACCAGCAGGAUCACUUUGUGGGACAGGAGUGUUUAGACCUCCUUAUGCGAAUUUAUGCCAGUAAAGCUCUGGACUACCAUGUGGCCAAUGUCCGGGCCGCCUCCGAGCCAAGUUCUCUGGGCACUGAUGUUCAAAACUCACUGGACUCCCUUUGUGGCACCUUCGUGGUACCAAAGCAGGCACCCAAUCGUAUGCAGUGGACGCGGGAUGAGGAGGCCAGUCACUGCAUGUGCUGCCGGCGGGCUGCUUUUACCAUGUUGAUGCGACGCCACCAUUGCCGCAGAUGCGGACGGGUGGUGUGCUACGCCUGCUCCACCCAUCGGAUUAAGAUACCAGAACUUUACGACGAGUUGGAGGUGCGCAUCUGCAACGAUUGCGCUGGCAGCUUGGCUCCUCGGGAUCAAGGAGAUGGGGUUUCUAGUGAGAGGAGUGCGCCCUCAACAUCAGGAUCAAGGUCUUCGGGACAGGGUGAGACCUUUAAGUGGCGCCUGAGCGGUAUCAUAACCCACGACAAACUGCUGCGCGAAGAGUUCUCCUAUGAGCACGCCCCCAGUGUGGCUCUCAGUUUGUCCAUCCUACGUAAUCAUGUGGAGCAGCGUAGUUGCGUGGACCUGCUGCUCUUCCACUGCCGCAAACUAGAGAAGCUGAUUGUGCCAAAUCCAGAGGUGGACUACGGUCUGGUGGCCAAAAUGAUUAACUGUCUGGCCUUCGCCGCAAAGGUUCGCGGCGCUCCAGGAGAGUUUGAAAACAUUCGCGAACACUCUGAGAUCAUUAUGGCUGUGGUGCAGCAGGGCUGUGAGGCGCUAAUCCCAACCGGACCACUGGACAACCACAAUCUGCGGAAGCUAGCGGAUGCUUUGGUGGAGGCGGAACACUGGACAUUAGCCCUAGAAGUACACCUAAAGUGUGGAUUUGCCACUACGGGAGUAAUGGCGGCCCACGGACUGGCCUGUAUCCGAGCCGGCUGCUACGAUGCGGCCCGAGAAAAGUUCGCACACUGCAUGACUCGACUUUCCAGUGAGCAGCUCAAUAGCAGCAUUUGCAAGAGCAUGUUUGGAGUCACUUCCCCAGAGGCUGUGCUUCUGCCCAGGAAGCGGCCACAACGCGGUCCAGCUCUUCUCCAGGAAAUAUUGCAGCUUAUAGCGGCGAUGCCACAGGCUCAGCCUCAACCUGAGACUCUUCACCGGGCCUCCCUCAUGCGCAAUUCGAAUACCUCAUUGGCGUCCCUUUUCUCGCGACGUCGAGAGCCAUACGUCCAGCAACGUCCUCUUCGAGAACCGGCUCUAAACGUGAUGAACGCUUUGGCGGGGCUUAAGAAUAUAGCCAAGGGUCACUACGGCGGUCAAAUUGCUGCCACCGAGGAGAGUCGUCGGCAGGAACGCGGCUUUGAGGAGUCACUGCACUAUGUGCUCACCUAUGGUAGUCACGGCGACAUCCUGACCUUCCUGAUGGGACGUGAAGAGUUGCGCGCAGCACUUCGUUACUGGCAACACCAGCAGUUGGAGGCGGAUCUUUUCAUACAGCAUAUCUUCCAGCCGCAACUGGUCAAUGGAGGUCUGCCAGCUUUGAUGGAUGAACUACAAAAGCUGGACGACGCCCAACUGAGUGCCUGGCGCCUGCCGCUGCUGCAGACUUGCCGCCACUUGGAGCAGCAGCAGCAACUCAGUUCCCUGUACCAAUUGCAGCUCUUGCUAAAGGAUCCCAUUCGGGCCAGCAUGACAUGCGUGAAGUUCUAUGCCCUGCAGUGCGAGAACUUCCAAAAACUGCAGGCAAAUGCCCAGCACCUGACCUCGGCUCACAUGCACCUGCAGGGAGAACUGGAUCUGUCCGAGUGGGAGCAUCUGCAGCGGCAGCAAGCUCGAAGGGGCAGCGUGACUAGUGGAGCCAGCGUUCGAGGUGCCUGCUUCGCCAUGCAGAUGGAUGCCAGGGCUCUCAAUGGGCACAUCAAUACCAUUCGGAGGCAGUUGGAGGUGGCCAAGUUUUUGGCUCAAUGCGAAGAAGAACAAGCCCCAAAUAUGCCCCUUAAAACUAUACAAACUUUAAAGCAGAUUCGAUUGGAGUCAAGUCGAGGUACUCUGCCAACUCUCUUUGAAGGCGCCACAGAUCGCAUUCAGCUGUGUAUCCUGAUCCUAAUGUGCGGCAAGAACAUAGACGAAGGCUUCGGCCUAGCGUACGGAAUUAUGCAGGACUACAAGCUAGCUGCAGUGAAGGUGUUUGGAGCUACGGCCAAGUACCUGGCCCGGAAUCAGCGCCUUGCCGAAGUGGAACGCCUCCUGGACUGUAUUGCGAGCAACAACGGAGGAGGCAUUUCGGCGGAGUCCGACGAGAUCCUCUCGAUCGCCAUCAACGCCGCAGUGCACAGCAGUGCUCCGGAGACCAAGCAGAUGCUGGACCGGCUAAUCAAACGCAUCAGCAGCGUGGAGUUGCGGGUCUCCUCCUACAUCUACAUUGGGCAGCUCAAGUCCGCCUAUCUACUGGCCAACAAGCACGAGCGACUGGCGGACAUCCGAAAAAUCCUGCGGCAGGCGGACCUUACCGGCCAGGUUCACAUCAAGAAGCUGUGCGAGAUGAAGCUCCAGCUUAGCACCCCGCCAACGCCUCUGUGAUAUCGUAACCCCUCGGGCAAUAACAAUUUAACUAUAAUAUACCCAUUAUUAAGAGGUUUCACUAGCUGUGAUAAAUACUAAAAUGAUACAUUUUUAAUUUUGUAUCUCCCAGAAAACAAAUAUUCACAAAAAAGGAUCACAUAUCUAAUCGUAAUCAAGCUAAAUUAAUUUGAAAACCCGGUUUCCUUCGAGAUACAAAUUUAGUAAUCAUCAUCUGAGUAUUUCUGACUAGUGAUAACCCCCACUAAUUUGCAUGUGGGCCUGUAUAGGGAGUUUGUUUUUAGAAUUUAACAUUUACUUAGAUCAAUUUUAAUCUUUCCAAAGGGCCAGCAAGUAUUCAACCCUCGAGCUCAAAAAGACUCUCCCAACAAAUAACCAAAUUAUAUUAUUGAUUGUACUGUAUUAUCUUAAUGUUAUUUUUAUAGUAAUUAUAUUGUUAUAUGUUUAUUCAAAA